UCAUUCCCUCCUCUCUCCCGGCCUCGCCUCCGGAAGGGCUGUGCACACCCAAACACAUCACCCAGACACUGAGUUUCCACACCAAACUCGCUCCUGAUGAACCCUGAGAGCCGAAUGCAAUGUCGGAUUUCCCCUCCCCACCCUCGGCCUCGAGAUCCGGCCACGAGUUUUCAAAGACGAGGCAGCCCUUCCCCUGCCAGACUCGCUUGGGGGACACCUCACUGGGGGGCUGCAGGGGCAGAGACAAAGACAGUAGAUUCGUUUGCAGGCAGGAGGACAUGCUUGGUCUAAAGAUCCAAACGUCCGCACUCCCGGAAUUGUGCAUUUUGGGAUGCCGCGUGUGUCUGGUCGGUGUGGCGUGCGUGCGCUGUGUCUGUGGCUCGAGAGGUGGUGAGCUGUGCAUACCUGGCAGUUGUGAACCUGGGUGCAGUGGGUCUGGAGAACGCGGCAAAAGCGGCUCCGAGGCUCCAGCUCCCUUGCGGCCUCUGCUCUGCGAGCCCCUUGCGGACCGCGGCGGGGAGGGAUGGAGGCGCGGCCCGGCGGGUUCGCACGCCGGGCGGGAAGCGGCGCCAGGCGGGCGCCGUCCUGCGCAGCGAGAAAGCGGUCCUGCCUGGCGCCCUCCCCGUUCAGCCCCAGUCGGCAGUGGCCGGCAGCAGCGGCGGAUUCCUGAACUGCGUCCAAGGCGUCCGGGUAGCACCCCUCCUCCUCUUUUUCUUCCUCACCCCACCCAGCUCCGACCCCUGCGCCCCCGGCAAUUUGGGAACCUUUGGCGAAGUUGGCGCAGCUCAGGCCCACCAGGCCUCCCCGCAGGAGCAGGGGAGGAGAGGGAAGAACUGAGAGAGAGGGGGCCGUCCUCGCUCGGGCCCCCGGGGAGCCACGCUCUCCAGGACCCUUCUGUGGGCCUUUGUUCCCGGCGCUGCACCUCGGCCCGCCUCUCUCCGGGGACUCUGUUCAGGCCGCUGGGAUCCCUACCCCCUUUCAGGCUGAGAAGAGCUCCAAGUCCUGGGGAGGCGGGGGCGUGGGUUGGAGGGGAAGUGGCCUGGAGAUCUUCGCGGCUUCACCCUGCCAGAGCCCCUCAAGCCCUUCCAGCCUCCCAUCCUGUAGAAACCGAGUCCUUCUAAAACCCGAGUUCCCUUACUGACUUUUUAUGAUUAAAGUGUCUAUCCAAAACUUCA